UUCUUCUACACAAGGUCACAGUUCAUGUUCACAUAUGGCGUCAGAGCGCAUGCGUCACGGUUAAAGCCCAGACGGUGGGAGUGGUUCAUCUCGACUUAGGCGAUCUUCGGUUGACAAAAUGGCGGCGGAGAACGCGCUGGCUGCUCUGGGGGUGGAAGGAGCCUCGUCGGCCGCGCAUGCGCUGUCCCUUCCGGCAGAGGCAUAUGGAAAUGACCCGCGUCUGGAGGCCAUGUGGGCGAUGAAGGCGUAUAACCACGCAGAGGUCUACUUCAACCUCAUCUCCUCCGUCGACCCCAAGUUCCUGAAGCUGACGAAGCUCGACGACCAACUGUACUCGUCCUUCAGAGACGCGUUCAAGGACCUGGACAUCAGAGCGCUGGACCCCGACCAGCUGAAGACGGACGAGGCCAAAGAGAGGUGGCGUCCGUUCUGUAACCAGUUUGAAGGUCUGGUCGAGGACUUUAACUACGGGACGCUGCUGCGUCUGGACUGUGAGAAGGAUUACACCGAGGACAACACCAUCUUCGCCACCAGGGUCCAGUUCUUUGCUGUUGAAAUCGCCCGGAACCGAGAAGGACUCAACGACGUCGUGUUCAAGUCCAAAUCUGCAAAGAGCUAACGUCAAAUACAAACAUGUCAGGAACCAUCAGACCUCAGAACCAGUUCUCCAGGACCGACCCUCCAGGACCAGUUCUCCAGGACCGACCCUCCAGGACCAGUUCUCCAGGACCAGUUCUCCAGGACCGACCCUCCAGGACCAGUUCUCCAGGACCGACCCUCCAGGACCAGUUCUCCAGGACCAGUUCUCCAGGACCGACCCUCCAGGACCAGUUCUCCAGGAGCUACAGAAACAAACUGACGAACUCUCCAUUAUUUGAGGAUUUACCCCAUCAUAUUUUAAUUCAACGAGUCUUAUUCAGAUUUCAGAUUCGUUCCCGGUCUCAGUGUUUUGUAUUUACUUUGAAAUGUUAUUGUGCCAAUAAAGAGGCUGUUUUUUUAAUAAUGCAGAACCUGGAAACAAAUAAAGAGUCAUAUCAAUUUC